GGCAAUGGAUGGAGAAUUCAGGCAAGGCAAUUCUUCUGAUAUUUCAGGCACUCUACAGAAUGGAAGCCAACACCUGCUUGUGACACACAACCAUGCUCUACGCUCCAGCUGCUUGCGCUUUCCUCAGCCUUCAUCUCUUCAGGGAACCAUGUCUAGCAAAUCCACCAUGAGGAUCCAGAGCAGCAGGAGCCACCGUGGCUUCACCACCAGCUCAGCCAGACUCCCUGGGGCCGGCCGCUCCGGCUUCAGCAGCGUCUCUGUGUCCCGCUCCAGGGGCAGUGGUGGCCUGGGUGGAGUGCACGGAGGAGCUGGCUUUGGGAGCCGGAGCCUCUAUGGCCUGGGCGGCUCCACGAGGAUCUCCAUUGGAGGGGGCAGCUGUGCCAUCAGGAGUGGAUAUGGUGGCAGAGUUGGAGGAGGCUUUGGCCUUGGAGGAGGAGCCGGGAGUGGAUUUGGUUUUGGCGGUGGAGCCAGUAGUGGCUUUGGCUUUGGUGGUGGGGCUGGAUUUGGUGGUGGCUAUGGCGGCUCUGGCUUCCCCGUCUGCCCCCCUGGAGGCAUCCAAGAGGUCACUGUCAACCAGACUCUCCUCACCCCUCUGAACCUGGAAAUCGACCCUACCAUCCAGCGGGUGAAGAACGAGGAGCGCGAACAGAUCAAGACCCUCAACAACAAGUUUGCCUCCUUCAUUGACAAGGUGCGCUUCCUGGAGCAGCAGAACAAGGUUCUGGAGACCAAAUGGACCCUGCUCCAGGAGCACGGCCCCAAGACCGUGAGCCAGAGCCUGGAGCCUCUGUUUGAGCAGUACAUCAACAAUCUCAGGAGGCAGCUGGACCAAAUCCAGGGGGAGAGACUUCGCCUGGAAUCAGAGCGGAAAAGCAUGCAGGACGUCGUGGAGGACAUGAAGAACAAAUAUGAAGAUGAAAUCAACAAGCGCACAGCAGCAGAGAAUGAAUUUGUGACUCUGAAGAAGGAUGUUGAUGCUGCCUACAUGAAUAACACUGAACUGCAAGCCAGGAGGGAUGCUCUUGGACAGGAGAUCGAUUUCCUGAGGGUCCUAUAUGAGGCGGAACUGUCUCAGAUGCAGACCCAAGUCUCAGACAUGUCCGUGGUCCUCUCCAUGGACAACAACCGCAACCUGGACCUGGACAGCAUCAUCGCCGAGGUCAAGGCCCAGUACGAGGACAUCGCCCAGAGGAGCCGGGCCGAGGCCGAGUCCUGGUACCAGUCCAAGUAUGAAGAGCUGCAGGUCACGGCAGGAAGACAUGGGGACGACCUGCGCAACACCAAGCAGGAGAUUGCUGAGAUGAACCGCAUCAUCCAGAGACUGAGAUCAGAGAUUGACAAUGUCAAGAAGCAGAAUGCCAAUCUGCAGGCCGCCAUCGCUGAUGCUGAGCAGCGUGGGGAGAUGGCUCUCAAGGAUGCCAAGAUUAAGCUGGAAAGUCUGGAGGAUGCCCUGCAAAAGGCAAAGCAGGACAUGGCCCAGUUACUGAAGGAGUACCAGGAUCUCUUGAAUGUCAAGCUGGCCCUGGACGUGGAGAUUGCCACCUACAGGAAGCUGCUGGAAGGGGAGGAGUGCAGGCUGCAAGGGGAAGGCGUUGGACAGGUCAACAUCUCAGUGGUGCAGUCCACCGUCUCCAGUGGCUAUGGUGGCGCCGGUGGUGUCGGCAGUGGCUUAGCCCUGGGUGGAGGCAGCAGCUACUCCUACAGCAGUGGUCACAGCCUUGGAGGUGGCUUCAGUUCCGGCAGUGGCAGAGGCAUCGGCGGUGGCCUCAGCUCUUCCGGGGGCGGCAGUUCCAGCAUCAAAUAUACCACCACCUCAUCCUCCAGCCGGAAGAGCUACAGGCACUGAAGUUCCACCUCCAGCUCUGGAUCCCUAAUGCCAAGGCCCCCUCUCGAGCUGACUAGUGCCCCCUUUCCCCUUAGGGGUCUUGCAGAUGUCAGGUGUCUUCUUCCUCACUGGGUUCUGGUCUUCUCUGUCUCUGUGAGUCAGAGCCCACAUGCUUAAGCCCUCAUUUCUCCUCUCUGUGUAAACCUGCUCCACCUUCCUUUGCUCAACAUCAGGAUGUCAACUUCUGAUUUUACACCAUAAUUUAAUCACAACUGAUUAAAUCACAAGCUUCACUUUGUUACUAAAUUAUCUAUCUCUUGCAUCCAACAUCUGAUAUCUGAGGCUGAGCUUUAUAAGUAAAUGACGUCAUACCCUGUCAAAAUAAAAACCUGGCGUGGUCCUAAUUCAGAACAGAACAACUUCCCUUCAAUUCCUGUGCCAAGGGGACCCCCUCUUACAGGUCCUGAGAGCCUUCCUCACCAUGGCCGUGAAAGCACGAGUGAAUAGUCCAGUGAUGUAGAGUCUGUGUCCCUGUGAAUGUUUCCUCUAUUCUUUGCUCUCUUGUGAUUGGUAAAUA